AGAGCAAAGAAGCGCCCCCAGCUUCUGAGAGUCCUGGCCCGAGUCCCCUCCCCCGUUAGAAACAGGGCUUUGGGAUGGUCAUGGAGCACUGCCAGUAACUCCAACCGCAGCACUCCGGCCUGCUCGCCCAUCCUCCGGAAGCGGUCUCGCUCGCCAACCCCGCAGAACCAGGACGGAGACACCAUGGUGGAGAAGGGCUCAGAUCACUCCUCGGACAAGUCCCCGUCCACGCCGGAGCAGGGCGUGCAGCGCAGCUGCUCCUCCCAGUCCGGCCGGAGCGGCGGCAAAAAUUCCAAGUCUCACAAGCGCCUCUCAAAAGGGCUCUACAGCAAACUAAAGCCAGACGACGAGGGGCGCCCCUCCUCACCCUCAGAGGCCUGCAGCUCCUCUGACUUCCCUGCCCCUGUGGGUCUGGGUCCUUCCUGUCUGGCAGCGCCUCUGGGACUCAUUUGUGGGAAUGCAGAACCACAGGCAUUGAAUGUGCCUCCAACAGGCUGGGCAGAGUUUGGGGACCCCUGCCCACCGUGGACAGGCUCGGGGGCUGCUUUGGACGUGGCUGGAGGGGGGACCCAUUGUUCCUGUGGCCCCUCAGCGGCAGCACAUUUGGAAGGCACAGGCGCCGACGUGCCAGCCCAUGCAAAGGGGCCAUCUACUUCUGUCUACCUGGGGCAGGAGGGAGCCCCGUGCAGGAGGAGUCACAGGCAUCUGGGGUCCCCCUGUCAGCCCAUGUUCCUGUUGCCCCCUUUCCUGCUAGUGCCUUACACGAAGCAGGACAAGGCAGCCUUGAAGAGGGAGGAUUGCAUUCAGGGGACCGAGGAGGCGUGGUCAGCUGUAUCCACUGCCUCACCGAGGCGCUUAGAUAAGGGUCUAUCAACCCUAAAGGAGGAGACAUCAGGGAAAGAGUCAACCCAUGUGAUGGGCUUUGACCCCUGUCCCAAGGACCCCUUCAACAGCUGCAAAGCAUGCCCUUCCUACAAGGCCUCCUGGUGCUUGGGGCUGUGCCUCCGCCUGAGUACUCUGCGUAGCAAUGGGGUAGAAGCAGAAGCUGUCUCCUGGCUGGAGGAUGGGGUGGGCCAGAAGUCAGGGGUUCAGAUGACACGUACGAGAGCCAGCGGAGGAGCUGGGCAUGACGGAGCCUUGCUUUCUGAUGGUGCCACCUGCGCCAGGGAUGUGCAGAAGCGAGGCCAAGCGCCCAAGGAGCUCUUUGCUGAGGAGUGUGUGGGGCUGUCCUCUCCUGGAUUCAUGCGGCCCCCCUGGGAGUCCGCCCUCAGCUUUGCUGACUGGCCCUCUAUAACCUCUCUCCGGAUCCUCGGGUCAGCGCUGCAGCCAUCCUGGUAUCUGAGGCUCAUUCAUUUCGCCGGAAGUCCUUCAGAGAGUUACCUCCUUGUCUCCAGUCCCACAUCUGGCUUCUGCCUAUCCAGAUUUGGCUGCAAGGUCAGAGUUUCCUGUGUGGAUCUUAACUGGUUUCUUCCUAGCCCAGGCAGCCACUUGGCCUGUAGCAAUACUCAGAUGUUUUCGGGUAGUUACUGUAAGGAUCCAGAGUCUCUUGGAGCUACCUACAGCUUACAUACUGGGGUCUGGUGUCACCCCAAGGGAGGCAUACUGAUCACCUUGGAAAAUGGACUUGCUACGUUUGCCUGCCACACUGCUCAGGAUAGGGCUGACAUGCAGGGCGAAGAGAAGCUCGCACGCCAAGACCCUCCUGGCAAGGUGGUCGAGCUGGGAAAGCUGACUCAUGGGAUUUCCAAGGAGGAUUUGCUAAGGCAGUUUCUGGGCAUGAGCCUCUUCGAGGCAGCCGUGUUGCUGGGAGGGAGAACCGGGGUGCGUGUGCUAACCUUGGCCAUUGUCACGCAGGUGUUAAGCCCCACCUACAAGCAGAGAAAUGAAGACUUCAGAAAGCUCUUUAAGCAGCUUCCAGACACGGAGCGCCUCAUUGUUGAUUACUCAUGUGCACUCCAAAGAGACAUUCUCCUUCAGGGCCGACUCUACCUCUCUGAAAAUUGGAUCUGCUUCUACAGCAACAUCUUCCGCUGGGAAACUCUGCUGACAGUCCGUUUGAAAGACAUCUGUUCCAUGACUAAAGAAAAAACAGCUCGCCUCAUUCCCAAUGCCAUCCAAGUUUGCACUGAUUCAGAAAAGCACUUCUUCACUUCGUUUGGGGCCCGGGAUAGGACGUAUAUGAUGAUGUUCCGGCUCUGGCAAAAUGCUCUCCUUGAAAAGCCUCUGUGUCCCAAGGAGCUCUGGCACUUUGUUCACCAGUGCUAUGGGAACGAACUGGGCCUGACCAGUGAUGACGAGGACUACGUGCCCCCUGAUGACGACUUCAACACAAUGGGAUACUGUGAAGAGAUCCCUGUGGAAGAGAAUGAAGUGAAUGACAGCUCAUCCAAGAGCAGCAUAGAGACCAAGCCAGAUGCCAGUCCACAGCUGCCCAAGAAAUCCAUCACCAACAGCACACUGACAUCCACAGGGAGCAGUGAGGCCCCCGUCUCGUUUGAUGGGCUGCCCCUGGAGGAGGAGGCGCUGGAGGGAGACGGGUCCCUGGAGAAGGAGCUCGCCAUUGACAACAUCAUGGGGGAGAAGAUUGAGAUGAUCGCUCCUGUGAACUCCCCUUCACUGGACUUCAAUGACAAUGAGGACAUCCCCACUGAGCUCAGUGACUCUUCCGACACACAUGAUGAAGGGGAGGUCCAGGCCUUCUAUGAGGACCUGAGUGGCCGGCAGUACGUGAAUGAAGUCUUCAACUUCAGCGUGGACAAGCUCUAUGACCUUCUCUUCACCAACUCACCCUUCCAGCGGGACUUCAUGGAGCAGCGGCGCUUCUCUGAUAUCAUCUUCCAUCCAUGGAAAAAGGAGGAGAACGGAAACCAGAGCCGAGUGAUUCUUUACACCAUCACCCUUACCAACCCUCUGGCUCCCAAAACCGCCACUGUCAGGGAGACACAGACCAUGUACAAGGCGAGCCAGGAGAGUGAAUGUUACGUGAUAGAUGCCGAAGUCCUCACCCACGACGUGCCCUACCAUGACUACUUCUACACAAUCAACCGCUACACGCUCACCCGCGUGGCUCGCAACAAGAGCCGACUCAGGGUCUCCACAGAGCUGCGCUAUCGAAAACAGCCCUGGGGGUUAGUGAAAACCUUCAUCGAGAAGAACUUCUGGAGUGGGCUGGAGGACUACUUCCGCCAUUUAGAGAGCGAGCUGGCCAAAACGGAGAGCACCUAUUUGGCUGAGAUGCACAGACAAUCUCCCAAAGAGAAGGCCAGCAAGACUACGACGGUGCGGAGGAGGAAGCGUCCCCAUGCCCACCUGCGAGUCCCUCACCUGGAAGAGGUGAUGAGCCCGGUCACCACGCCCACAGAUGAGGAUGUGGGCCACAGGAUCAAACAUGUGGCAGGUUCCACGCAGACGCGGCAUAUCCCCGAGGACACCCCCAAUGGUUUCCACCUGCAGAGCGUGUCCAAGCUGCUGCUGGUUAUCAGCUGUGUGAUCUGUUUCAGUCUGGUGCUGCUGGUCAUCCUUAACAUGAUGCUCUUCUACAAACUCUGGAUGUUGGAAUACACCACGCAGACCCUCACUGCUUGGCAGGGUCUAAGGCUCCAAGAAAGGUUACCCCAGUCUCAGACAGAAUGGGCCCAGCUCUUAGAGUCCCAACAAAAGUACCACGAUACUGAGCUCCAAAAAUGGAGGGAGAUCAUCAAAUCCUCAGUGAUGCUCCUUGACCAGAUGAAGGACUCGCUCAUCAACCUUCAGAAUGGCAUCAGGUCCCGCGACUACACGUCGGAAAGUGAAGAAAAGAGGAAUCGCUAUCAUUGACAAGGCAGGAACAGGGUGGCUGCAAGAGGCCUGUGCAAUACAUGUACAUAGACCAUAUAAAUAUAUAUAUAAAUAUAUAUAUAUACAGAAUAUAAAUAUAUAUAUUAUAUACAGAUUUUAAAAAAGAGAUAAUGCCUAUGUACCAGGGAGAAGGAGCGGGCCCUCCCGCUCCCUGUGCUGGCCGGAGCAGCGUUUUCCUGGGGUGGGGCAGCUGAGGAGGGCAGGAACCGCCUCUCAGCACUGACCACCCUGAUCUCCCUCCUCCCACCCUCUGUUCCCCACCCCUUCCCUUGCUGGCCAUUCUUGGCUCUUAGAAGGGAAAUGUUGAGCCAAAGUUAUGCCUGUGAAGACCCUAGGGUCUCAAAAAGAAGUCUCAAGACGGCAUUGCUUAAGGUGCUUCGUUCCCUGAUCCCCUUUUGAUUUGUUUCCAAAAUAAAAGAGAAUCUUUUCUUCCCUA